UGAAGCUCGGCCAAUUAGCCCCCCGCACCUCAGCAUUUUUUUAAUAUCAAGCGAUGGCUGGACAAAUUAAUUGACCAACUGCCCGCCCCCGCCUUCCAACCUCUUCACCGGUACUGUCACUGUCGUCUUCCCCAAUCGUCAAUGCCCACUACACCUACGUCACUCUGAUAACUCGACUCAGUCGCCUAAGACCCCCGUUAUAACAUUCAAACGGACUUCCCAAACUCCCCAUGGCUCGUCAUGGCCCUAGUCCUCCGGCACACCCUUCACUUCCUUGUUCUACUGCUUCCACUCUUCCAUCAUCUCACCGCCGCCGUCCAAGUCUCCACCGAGUUCCUAUAUCCCAACUUCACCGCCUCCAGCAUAGGAUACAUAGAAAAAGAUAACGUCUUUCUCACCUCCCGCUCCUCCACCUUCUCUGCUAUCCUCUCAUCUGAUUCCCCGCAAUCCCCAUUCAUUUUCUCCAUCCUCCACACAUCGACCUCCACUGUCGUCUGGUCGGCGAACUUCGCCUCCCCAGCGCCUUACACCUCCGUGCUCUCCCUCUCUGCGGCCGGCCUCUCCAUCACCCUCUCCAAUGGCUCCCUCCUCUGGUUCACCCCGCGCUUUCCCCGCCCCAUAGCCGCCCUCUGCCUACUUGACUCCGGUAACCUCAUCCUCCUCGACGAUGUCAACAAAUCUAUGUGGCAAUCCUUUGAACACCCUACGGAUACCCUUCUCUCCUCACAACGCCUCCCAGUCGGCGCAUCCCUCUCCACCCCCAACGGCGAUUACCGUCUCCUUGUCACCGCUGACGAUGUCGUCCUGCUCUGGGUACUUGGCGAUCAGCAGUACUGGCGCCUGUCGGCUGAUCUUCGUUCGAUGAAAUACCUCGAUGAUCCUGCCUCCUACAUGGCUGCCAAUGAGUCCGGGCUUUUUCUCAUCUCAGAAGCGGGCCGAGCGUUGUACGUUGUUAAACUUCCAAGGACGAAUCUUAAGUUCAUGAAAUUGGAAUCCGACGGCCGGUUUCACUUAAUGGGUUACUCCGGCAACGGCUCCAGCCUUACGGAAGAGCUCGUCGCACCGAUCAGCGCUUGCGAUCUUCCGUUAUCUUGCGGAGCGCUCGGCGUAUGCACGUUGCUGAGCAGAGGUGUUGCCUGCAACUGCCCGACGUCGUUUGCGGGGUCCGCUGACGGUGGAUGCUCGCCGGCCGAUAGCUCUGCCCGAGCAACUUUAUCCAAUUGCGCCACGGAACCAUCUUAUCGGAGCUUGGAAAGUGGAGUUGAAUAUUUCGCUAAUAAAUUUUUGAAGCCUGCGAGCUCCGGCGGCAACGUCUCCUCGUGCCGCAGCCUUUGCACGGCGAACUGUUCUUGUCUAGCUUUUUUCUACAAGAAUUCCUCCACAUCUUGUUUUCUAGUAAAUAACCAGCUCGGGUCCUUUCUUAGCCCUAGAAGCCAAGGGGUUUUUGACAGCAGCGAAGGAUACAUUAAGAUUAUGGCUCAAUCACAACUGGAUUCCGGCCGAAGCCGCAAUCUUAUCCCGAUACUCUUGCCCUCCAUCACCGUCUUGCUCGCUCUGCUUUUCGCCGGGAUCUAUUGGCGACGCGGCAAGAGAAUUUCCAGAUCCAGAAAAUCCCCCAAGUUCGCAACACUGAAGCUAUGGACAUCAAAAACCCGUGACCGUGGUUUCGCUGGCGCCGGCUCCAUCUCCGACGAAUCCGACGAGAUCUCUAUCCCGGACCUUCCGACCCGAUUCACUUACGAGGAGCUCAUCGCGGCGACCAACAACUUCCGCACCAAGAUCGGCUCCGGAGGAUUCGGCGAGGUGUUCAAAGGCGAUCUCCCCGACAAAUCCUCCGUCGCCGUGAAGCGCAUCAAAACCGGCACCAGCGGCAUCCAGGGUAAGAAGAAGGAAUUCAUCACAGAGAUCGCCGUUAUCGGCAGCAUCCACCACGUAAAUCUAGUGCGUCUCCGGGGUUUCUGCGCCGAGGGCCGUCGCCGCCUACUGGUCUACGAUUACAUGGACCGCGGCUCCCUGGACCAAUCCCUCUUCGUCCCUUCCGGCCCCGUGCUGGAAUGGCAGGAGCGGAUGGACAUUGCCGUCGGCGUCGCGCGGGGGCUUGCCUACCUCCACUCCGGCUGUGAUCGCAAGGUCAUCCACUGUGACGUCAAGCCGGAGAACAUACUCCUCCAUUCCAGCGGCGGCGUCAAGAUCUCUGACUUCGGGAUGGCCAAACUGAUGAGCACGGAUCAGUCCGGGCUCUUCACAACGAUGAGGGGGACACGGGGGUAUCUCGCACCGGAGUGGCUCACCAAUUCAGCCAUCUCCGAUAAGACGGAUGUGUACAGCUUUGGAUUGGUGCUUCUGGAGAUCAUUCGAGGGAGAAGGAAUUGGUCGAUGGUGGCUGAAGGGUGGUCGAUCGGGGGCACCGCCUUUGGCGAGAUGGGCUAUUAUCCCAUGAUUGCAUUGGAAAUGCACGAGAAGGGGAGGUAUUUGGAGCUGGCGGAUCCGAGGCUGGAGGGGAAAGCGACGGAGGAGGAGUUGGGGAGAGUGGUGAGGGUUGCGCUGUGCUGCUUGCAUGAAGAGCCGGCGAUGCGGCCGACGAUGGACGGAGUGGCGGCGAUGCUCGACGGAACUAUUGAGGUUGGGCAGCCGAGGCCGGAGGCGCUUGGAGUUCUGCGGGUGUAUGGGAGGGGUUUUCUUUGCUCCGGCGAGAGUGGGAAGGGGAGCAGCAGCAGCAGCAGCAGCAGCUACUCGGGUUUGUCUUACCCAUAUAUCUCCUCCCAGGAGGUGUCAGGGCCGAGAUAAGUCAUUUUGUUUAGAAAACUGUAACUAUAAUUUGGAUUAGAUUAGGACUAUUUUCUUGAAAAUAAAAUUUUUGUAUCAUUUAGAUUU